GGCCUUUUAUGAUACAAUAAAUGAAAAAAUUACAUCCCAAAACUUCAUCAUUUACUGGAUGUGCUGAAAGAUCAACAAUUGUUAAUUUCUUUCUCUUUUUUUGGCUUAUGUUUUAGCCAAUCAUAUCACACCAGCAACAAAAACGCCCUCUCAGGCAUCUAUGUAAAAAAGCAGCCCAAAUCUCUGGAGGAAUCUUAAUAUCCUACUUUAAGAAGCUUCAACAGUACUUUAUGACACUUUGAGACUUAAAGCUCCAACAUGAUCUUGCUCCUCUUCUGGUUUGGUCUGGCUCUGGGUGCUCCAUCUGAGUCUACUCCUGAUGGCAAAGAAAUGAAGCUACAACUCGCUGACCAUGGAGUUAAACUACUACGUGGAAACUGUCCCGCGUUCUGGUACAGCUUCAACAGCCGCUGCUACAAAUAUGUUUCUGCACGCAUGACCUGGGCUGAUGCAGAGCUCCACUGUGUGUCACAGGGAGCCAACCUGGCAUCUAUCCACAGUUUGGAGGAACAUCAGUUUGUGAAAGUCCUGAUCAGUAACUUUGACCCCACUGAAGGAUACACCUGGAUUGGACUCACAGAUCUCCAUAAAGAAGGAGGCUGGAUGUGGUCUGAUGGUAGUCCAGUGGAUUUCACCUAUUGGACCUCAAAUCAGCCAGACAACAUGGGAGGAAAUGAACACUGUGUUCAUAAAAACUUUGGUAUGAAGUGGAAUGACAAUCGAUGUUCUGAAAGUUUUCCCUUUGUCUGUGCAACUCGCUGUUCUCAGUAACCGAGACUCUUACAUAUUAAAGAACUAGUAACACAUCAUGA